UAUAUAAAUCUCAUCCUCAUCUUUCUUACAAGACACAAUUUUUCUUUCUCUUUCUGUGUCAUAUUUUCAACCUCUUUUCAUAAUGGAUAAUGCUGCCACCAAUAACAACAACAAUGGCUUUACUAGAAAUUUGUCCCUUAAUGUUGAAGCUGCUUCAUCCCGGAAGGCUACCCCUUUACGUAAGAUGGCCGCGGUCGCAUCCAUCGCGGCCGGUAUUCAAUUCGGGUGGGCCCUACAGCUUUCAUUGCUAACACCAUAUGUCCAGUUGCUUGGUGUCCCACAUCAGUGGGCUGCCAACAUCUGGCUAUGUGGUCCAAUUUCAGGUAUGAUCAUACAACCACUUGUAGGCUACUACAGUGACCGAAGCCAUUCACGUUUCGGACGUCGUCGCCCUUUCAUUUUUUUUGGUGCCAUAGCAGUCGCGAUCGCGGUCUUUUUAAUUGGCUAUGCUGCUGAUCUUGGCCACUCCAUGGGUGACGAUCUGACGAAGAAAACACGGCCACGUGCAGUGGUGAUCUUUGUUUUCGGGUUUUGGAUACUAGAUGUCGCCAAUAAUAUGCUUCAAGGACCUUGUCGUGCCUUCAUUGGUGACCUCGCUGGUGGUGAUCACCGUCGAAUGAGAAUUGGCAAUGGGAUGUUCUCUUUUUUCAUGGCCGUCGGUAAUGUCCUUGGUUAUGCUGCUGGCUCAUACGACAAACUCUACACAAAGUUCCCUUUCACAAAAACCUUGGCUUGCAAUGAGUUUUGUGCAAACCUCAAGACAUGUUUUUUCUUUUCAAUAUUCCUCCUUGCAUUAGUUUCUACAUGCGCUCUACUUUAUGUCGAAGAUAUUCCAAUUACAUCGUCGGAAUCACAAUCAGAAUCGGAAUCACAGGUUUCGUGCUUUGGGAAUAUGAUGGGAGCCUUCAAUGGAAUACAAAGACCGAUGUGGAUGCUGAUGUUGGUUACCGCGAUCAAUUGGGUUGCAUGGUUUCCGUUCUUCUUGUUCGACACUGAUUGGAUGGGUCAAGAAGUAUACGGUGGCAAACCAGGAGAUAAUGCAUAUAGCAAAGGAGUGCGUGUUGGAGCGUUGGGACUAAUGCUGAAUGCUUUUGUGCUUGCUUUUAUGUCGUUGGCAGUGGAACCAUUAGGGCGUUUAGUUGGGGGCGCGAAGAGACUUUGGGGGAUUGUGAAUAUCAUUCUUGCUAUUGGUCUCGCUAUGACGGUACUCAUCACCAAGAUGGCGGAACAUGAACGACACAUAAGCAACCUCGUCGGAAAACCCUCUAAUGGUGUUAAGGCUGCCGCAUUAGGUUUCUUCGGCGUCCUUGGGAUCCCUCUAGCGAUUAAUUUCAGUGUCCCAUUUGCUCUAGCAUCAAUUUACUCCAGCUCAUCAGGGGCAGGGCAAGGUUUAUCUUUGGGAGUUCUCAAUAUUUCAAUUGUUGUACCACAAAUGAUCGUGUCAGCAUUAAGUGGACAAUGGGACUCUUUGUUUGGUGGUGGCAACUUACCUGCGUUCGUGGUUGGUGCGGUGGCGGCAGUCAUCAGUGCUACAUUGGCAAUUAUCCUUCUGCCUACUCCAAAGCCAGAUGAGAUGGCCAAGGCUUCAAUUGGAGGUGGUUUCCAUUAAUUAACAUAGUUUAAUUAAUAUAUUUUUGUUUCUAUGGAUAAUAUUAUUGAACAUUUUGAUUCAAAUGUAUUGUGUAUUUGGAUAUAUUAUGUCCCACCAAAAAUUACAUUUAAAUUAUAAAGGUUUGGUUGGUCUAGUUUCUCGUUAUAA